CCUUGGCCGCUGUAGGGUACAUAUACGAGCCAGCAACGCUGCUCCUGAUUCAGCCUACCCUCGCCACUUUUUGAACCGCCCCCUCCCCUUAUCGCCAGCUACAGCGACCUCCUCUUCCCCCCUUUCCCCUCUCUCUCCACGUUUGUCAUGCGCUCGUUGAAGCCAAGCUGCGCGAUCGCGCUUCUCCUCGGUUUGGCAGCUACUCUCGUACGCGCCGACACGGCAAGCGCGCCUAUCAAGACGCAAGACGCUGCUGCUGCUGCUGCUGCUGCUGCUGCUGGUGGUGGUGCAAAGUACGCCUACACGGCAGGGAAAGAUGGAGAGGCGCUCUGCAAAGCGCUCGAGACGACGAUUGCCAAUGUCACCAGCUUGAAGAUCAACAACACCUUUGCUCAGUACUAUCCCACGGGAAGCAACCCCAGCUUGGAGCUCCUUACCCAACUGUACCCUGCAGGCACGAUUCCCAAGAGCGUCAGGGUCGGGCCUAUCCUCGAGAGCGUCGGACCAGAUAUUGACAUUACCAAGGAUUUUGGUUACGGCAAAAGCGGCGGCGCUGGAGCCAGAGCUGCAAACAACGGUCCUCUUGGUGGCUUGCCCGCAUUUUGCCGCUUCGGCGCCUACAUCAUCACCAGUCCCGUGACCAUUGCCCUGACAGAGGUCUGGCUGCCCUUGGCCGACGAUCCCUCCAUCGCUCUUGCGGCGAUCAACCAGACAGACUAUCCGACUGACUCGACACCCAUCGAGCUGGGACCCAACGGCGAAUUCCUCAAGGGUCCGGCCUACCUUCUCGAUGGAGACUAUGAGCAAGUCAUCUCCGAGGAUCCCGAGGAUUCCCUGGUCGACACUCCUUCGACCAGGGCCACCAAGGGUGUGCCACCGCCUGGCUUCUUUAGCACGGGAGACAAAAAGGACGAGAAAAGGACGGGUGCGAUAACGGAAAGCACCAGGGAGUCGGAAAAGCCUCUGAACUCUAAAGGAUCUGGCAGCACGACGCAAAUCACUGCUCAGAAUGAAGGAUCUCCCACAAUCAUCACGACCAGCACCAGUGCCGAUGACGACGCGUCAGGCUCCAGAAAGAAGCAGCAGCAGCAGCUGCAGCAGCAGAUCAACAGCCGUUCCAGCUCCAUGAUCCCUCGUCGCGAGUCCGAAGCAUGCAAUCGCGACCGUCGCAGCAUCGAAGCUGCCAAGUGUUCGGAGAAGAACAAGUUCGGUGGCAAUGUGAGCAGCAGCAAGAAACAUCGUGGCGAGCCUCUGACUGGCGAAGAGCUGCUCGGCUGCUCCGACGGGUGGAACGGUCGAAUGCUGUUCAUCGGCAACGGGGGUCAGCGCGGCUUUGUGCCCCUGACCGAUCUGAAGCAGCAAAUGAGCCGUCAUCGUUUUGCCGUCGUUGGCACCAACACCGGUCACUUUUCCACCGCCGGCGGCUGCAACUGGGUCAACGGUACGCAGUACGACGACACGCUGCUCGAUUUUGGGAGUCGCAGCACGCACGUCAGCAAGAUUCUCGCCGAAGAAGUCAUCGACGCAUUUUACGGUCCCGAAAGCGGUGUGCGCGUGCAGCAGGAAAAGAACAGCAGCAAGAACCACGCCGGUCGAAUUCGCGCUUACGCUGCCGGCGCGUCCGUCGGUGGUGGACGCGUGCUGGCCAGCGCUCAAGUCUACCCCGAAGACUUUGACGGUAUCCUCACCCUUUCGCCUGCCAUCUACUUUAGCGAUAUGAAUAGAGGCCAGAUCCACACCCAAUCUCGACACCGCAAAAAGACUGCCAAGGAUGGAUGGUUCAGCGUGCGAAAGCUAGCCGGUCCGGUCAAGGAGGUGAUUUUGGACCAGUGCGACAAGCUCGACGGUGUCGAGGAUGGUGUCAUCGAGUUGGCCAAGGAGUGCAAGCCCGUCUUCGAAAAGGACCUUUUGUGCGGAGCGCCAGGCGCCAAAUUCGGAGGCGACAUCAAGACUUGCCUGAACCAGACGCAAAUCGACAAUCUCUAUGAGCUCUACCGUCCAACUCUUGUCGAGGAAAAAUUCGUCUACGAUCGCUACCUGCCAGGCAUAGAGCAGCGCGCCAACAGUCUGACUGGAGCUGCCAAGAAAGCAGUGGACUGGACUCAGCUCGCCAUCCUCAAGUUUCCCCACCUCGACCCGUGCUGGGACGGCUACGGCGUGGGCAUCAACGCCACAGGCUCCGACUACACUUUUGCAGUGGUGGAAAAGGGUCGUCGAGAGGACCCAGGAGGCGUCAACAACGACGACCCUGACCUGUCCAGAUUUCUCAAAGCGGGCAAAAAGAUGAUUCACACGCAUGGUCUGGCCGAUAUCACCAUCAGUCCUCUUGCGAGCGAGCGAUAUUACCAGCAAGUCCUCAAGACGGUCGGGUCCAAAGGCAUCGUUGCGCAGGACGGCUACCUCUACUUUGAAGUUGCUGGCAUGUCCCAUGUUCGUGAUGGAAGAGGUCCUUGGCACUACGGUCAGAUCACUGCCAAUGAUGCUGGUAACCGUCCACUCAAGUGGGAUAGCGAGUACGACAUUUUGCUCUCCCUCGUCAAAUGGGUCGAGACUGGAGACGCGCCAAAGUAUCAGAUCGGCGCAGCGUACCACCAGCGCGGUAGAAUCAUCCCGCCCAGCAACGACGAUCUCAACCGCAGCAGCAGCAGCGAACCGACUUGCGAAAAGAAGACGGACAGCGCCGGCGCCCUCACCGCCCUUCCUACAGACAAGCAAACGACGGCGGCUGAUGGCGGCGGCGGCGGCACAGCAAGCACCCGUCGCGCCCUUGACGCCCUUUUGCGUCGUCAAACAGCCACUUUAGCUUCCACUCCGAGCACUUCCCAAAGCUCCGAGAAGAAGACGAAGGAAGAGACUCUCGACGCUGGCAAUGGCGACGAAAAGACGACUGAAAGGACUGCCGAUACGGGAGCCGGUGACACGAAGCCGUCCGACGAUGGCCAAAUCACCAAGUCGACUACGAACGCUAAUGGAGGUGAGAGACCGUCUGGCAAGGAGAAGGUAUCGGAUCCGUCCCUUGGCGGAGCCGGAUCCGAGAAGCCUGAAGGCAAUGGCAAGACGACGGAUGCGGGCACAAGCGGUGCUGCUGCUGGUUCCGAUAAGCCUGCCGAAUCGACCAGCGACGCAACUCCCGCCACCGGCGACAAGAAGGAAAAGAAGCUGAAGAACCCCUACACCGACACGAUGCUGUUGCCCACCGUCUUUGCCAGCUACGAGUACGGUGUGCUGUUCACCCGCCCACUUUGCCCCUACCCAGGUCGCGUCGUGUACAAUGGCGGACCGACGAACGGCAAGGAUGCUUACAAGAGCUUCUCUUGCAAGUUGCCUUGAGAGACACUCUGCGUCUCUUUUUCGCUGCCCCCCUAGACCGCACAUCACGUCACAGAAUCGCACGCUCCGAAUCCAAUUCGAUUACCCUGUUCCUUUACCGCCCGCGAGGCCAUCGCUGC